UAUACGCAAUUUUCAUAUCAGUCCAACACUUUCGCUUAUAAAACUUCAGAUUCCAAGAUAUUCAUUUUCAUCCCCAUCUGCCACCUCCGAAUUUCCCCAAAACCAACCAUCAGAACAACAGACACCGGCAUUUGAUUAUGGCGUCGCUUGGAUUUACUCGCCAGAUCAACAGCUCCGUCGCCGAGUUUCCGGCGACUCGGCCGCGGCGGAGGCAGAGCAGCGGAUUCAGCCGUGAUCGGGUCGGGUUCAGAGUGUUUGCUCAGGCGGCUGCUGCGGAGCCUGAUCUUAGCGUGACGGUGAAUGGAUUGACGAUGCCGAACCCAUUUGUUAUCGGGUCGGGCCCUCCGGGAACCAACUACACUGUCAUGAAGCGGGCCUUUGAUGAAGGGUGGGGCGCCGUCAUCGCCAAAACGGUGUCACUCGAUGCUGCAAAAGUUGUAAAUGUUACCCCUCGAUAUGCUAGAUUAAAGGCUGGAGCAAACGGCUCAGCAAAAGGACAGAUUAUAGGGUGGCAAAAUAUUGAGCUCAUUAGUGAUCGGCCUCUGGAGAUAAUGUUGAAAGAGUUCAAACAGUUGAAAGAAGAGUAUCCAGACAGGAUUCUCAUUGCUUCGAUCAUGGAAGAGUACAACAAAGCUGGGUGGGAGGAACUCAUUGACCGAGUUGAGCAAACUGGAAUUGAUGCAAUCGAAAUCAAUUUCUCAUGUCCUCACGGAAUGCCUGAGCGUAAAAUGGGUGCUGCAGUUGGCCAGGAUUGUGCAUUACUGGAGGAAGUUUGUGGAUGGAUUAAUGCAAAAGCAACUGUUCCGGUUUGGGCUAAGAUGACUCCAAACAUAACUGACAUUACGCAGCCAGCUAGAGUUUCUCUGCAAAAUGGAUGUGAAGGGAUUGCUGCAAUAAACACAAUUAUGAGUGUCAUGGGAAUCAAUCUCGACACGUUGCGACCAGAGCCUUGUGUGGAGGGAUACUCGACUCCUGGAGGCUAUUCAGCAAAAGCAGUCCACCCUAUUGCACUUGCUAAGGUCAUGAGCAUUGCGAAGAUGAUGAAACAGGAAUUUGGAGAUAAAGAAUAUUCACUUUCUGCUAUUGGAGGUGUUGAGAAAGGAAGCGAUGCAGCAGAAUUCAUACUUCUAGGAGCAAAUACAGUUCAGGUCUGCACUGGUGUCAUGAUGCACGGAUAUGGUCUUGUAAAGAAGCUUUGCUCUGAGCUGCAGGAAUUCAUGAAGAAGCACAAUUUUUCAUGUAUAGAAGAUUUCAGGGGGUCGUCGCUUGAGUACUUCACAACCCACAUGGAUUUGGUGAGACGGCAACAGGAAGCGAUUCGUGAAAGGAAGGCUGUGAAGAAAGGUCUGCAAUCUGAUAAAGACUGGACUGGUGAUGGCUUUGUGAAGGAAACUGAGAGCAUGGUCUCAAACUAAUUGGGGGUGCACUUGUACGUUUUUCCUCUUGAAGGGAUGUCGAUGUCGAUUACAAUCUCAAUGGGUGUGCUUAUAAUUUUGCAAACGGCAAAAGGUAUUUGUGUGAUUUGACGUGAGCUUAUGGGCGUCAAUGUGAUCUUACUCUACCAUCAAACAAUCAAAUAAUUUUUCAUGCAAAAUGAACUCCUUUGUAUAUCUGGGCAGAAACAAAAAUCAACCAUCGACAGUUCAACUUGUUUAGUUCUUCGGAUUCUGUGAAAUAAAUGCUGCAAGAAUUGGCUGUAGGCCUCAUGCAUGUUAUGCUAUAAAGAUCAUUGGAUUCUUAUUU